AUGGUGCAAAUGUUUAGUUCAGCCUAUCAGAAUGCGACGUCCUACGUCUUCUCGGCACCUUCGUCGCCUGAUCUGUCGACCAUGCACGUCAAGAUACCGUCAUCUGCUACACAUACCGCCCAUACCCGCUCGAACAGUGGCGGUGGCGGUGACACAAAGCGGGCUAAGCCUGCCCACUCCCGACAGGGCUCAGCCUCUUCACUGCACCCCGACACGGCCAGGAACCAUAGUAGACAGAGCAGCGGCAGCAGCUCAUCUUCGACCAGGACCCAUAGGAAGACGGCUUCGACUGGCAGGAGCGCCCAAGUUGCGCCUACGUACGCCGGCUAUGGCAAGGCAAAGCCAAUCCCCACAGGCGGAGCGUAUACCUCUUCUAGACUCGCCCCUGGCGACAGAACAGAAGCUCAUGAUCUCGUAGACGCCAUCAACAAAGAGCACGACCUCUACCGCGUUCUCGGCGUCGCUAAACGCGCGAAGCCAGACGAGUUCAGACGUGCCUACAUUGGUCGCAGUAGGAUAUGCCAUCCUGACAAGUUGCCCUCGUAUCCGCCGGCGACGUCGGCCUUUCAGAAGCUCUCGUUCGCCUACGAAACCCUAUCGAAGCCUUCCUCGCGUCGGCUGUAUGACAUCUCCGGACGCAGCGAGUGGGAUUCGCCAGACCCGAACGGCCGGGCAAGCCAGGCUGGCUUUGGCGACGAGACACUGCAUGGCGUACUGCACACCAUGUUCGGCGAAUUUAUGGAAGGCGACUUUGAAAUGAUCAGAGUCCUCGUCAAUGCCCUCAACGAGGGCAACCCAGGACUCAAUCUCGGCGAAGAGGCCGUUGAGAAUCUGGAGGGCGCCUUUCGCAAGAUUCGAGAGAUGCUCCUGGCUGGCCAGAAGUAUCUGCGGAUUGUCAAAUUCGAGUUCAUCCGACUCUACGAGAUUCAGCACUCCUUACGACAGCUUUCCUAUUUCAACGUCCUUGGACGGCUACGCUUGACUUUGCAACUCGCACGUGUAACGCUCAGUAUACCCAUGGCGAUCGACAAGGCCAUGAAAGAGGACGACGAUGAUGAGGAUACCGAAUCUGAUUCAGACGCAGAUCUACCGGCCGCUUCAGUGCCCGUCCAGCAGUCCAGCUCGGCGACCAGCUCCCCAUCAGGCCCAGCGGCGCCCGGAGGUGCGACCAACGAACAGCGAGAGGCUAGUGCACAAGCCCGACGUGAGCGCAAAGAGCGCAGACGGAGGCGCAAAGCAGGCAAAGCGGUCGUCAAGCGCGGCCUGUUGGGUCCCAGAGCGGCCGGUUUGCUCGGCAUGGCUGUCGGUGUACUCGAGAAGGGCGAGAAUAUCAUAUAG